AUGUCGCCCUGGUCUGACAACGCUAUACCUCGUCUGUCCACAUUGCAACCUGGCAGGUUGGCCACCCAAGUCUUCGAAUUAUCAUCUUCCUGUGCACAGAUGACAGGGCUGGAUAUGUCGACAAUUCGGCGUCCACCACCGUAUAUUCAAUCCAAACGCGCUCUAUACAACUUGACAUAUGCGCAGACCUGA